CCGCGCCCCGCGGCCGCGCUUCGGAGCCUCCGCGGAGCCGCCGCCGCCGAUCGCGCUCCUCGCAGCGGCCGCCGCGCCUACGCCAGCCCCCGGCUCCGCUCGCGGCCUACCCCCGCUCCUCGCCAUGGCGCGGCCGCUCGUGCCCAGCUCGCAGAAAGCCCUGCUGCUGGAGCUGAAAGGGCUGCAGGAGGAGCCGGUGGAAGGGUUCCGGGUCAAUCUGGUGGACGAAGGGGACCUUUACAACUGGGAGGUGGCCAUCUUCGGCCCCCCCAACACCUACUACGAGGGCGGGUAUUUCAAGGCUCGUCUCCGCUUUCCCAUCGACUACCCCUAUUCUCCCCCUGCCUUCAGGUUCUUGACUAAAAUGUGGCACCCCAAUAUCUAUGAGACUGGUGAUGUCUGCAUCUCCAUCCUCCACCCACCAGUGGAUGACCCCCAGAGUGGGGAACUGCCAUCAGAGCGGUGGAAUCCCACCCAGAACGUGAGGACCAUUCUCCUGAGCGUGAUCUCGCUGCUCAAUGAGCCCAACACGUUUUCUCCAGCCAACGUGGACGCGUCAGUGAUGUACCGCAAGUGGAAGGAGAGCAAAGGGAAGGACCAGGAGUACACAGACAUCAUCAGGAAGCAAGUGUUGGGCACAAAGGUGGAUGCUGAGAGGGAUGGUGUGAAGGUCCCCACCACACUGGCAGAGUAUUGUGUGAAGACCAAGACUCCAGCCCCAGAUGAGGGGCUCAGACCUCUUCUAUGAUGACUAUUAUGAGGAUGAUGAGAUGGAGGAGGAAGCAGACAGCUGUUAUGGUGAUGAAGAUGACUCUGGCAACGAGGAAUCUUG